CUGGGACUGCAGGACUGCCCCUGCUGUCCUGCGUGAUCGCUGCAGGCCUGGCGUUACCCAUGUGUCGUCCUAGGCGGGCAGCCGGGCGGGUCGCCUGCGCGGAGAGGGGCAGGGAGGAUGGGGGAUGCGGCGGUGAGAGGGGCCCCGGGCGGGGCCGCGGGCGGGCACCGCCGGGCUGCCUCGAGAGGGGCCUGUUGGAUUCCACGCCUGCUACCCUGGAAACUUCGGCGCCCAGCUCCACACUGCCCUUGAGCAGCCUCUUCCUACUUGUUUAAGUAAUUUAUUUUAUCCGAUAAACCGCGAAGUGCUGCAGGGAUGUGGAAAGGAUGAACAAAGCCGACAGUAGUUACAGUGAGUUUGAAACAGCUGAGACUCUGCUAAAUUCAGAGGUUCAUAUGCUUCUGGAGCAUCGAAAGCAACAGAAUGAGAGUGCAGAGGAUGAACAGGAGCUUUCUGAGGUCUUCAUGAAAACCUUAAAUUACACAGCCCGUUUCAGUCGUUUCAAAAACAGAGAGACCAUUGCCAGUGUCCGUAGCUUGUUGCUCCAGAAGAAGCUUCAUAAGUUUGAGUUGGCCUGUUUGGCCAACCUUUGCCCAGAGACUGCUGAGGAAUCAAAGGCGCUGAUCCCAAGCCUGGAGGGUCGGUUUGAAGAUGAAGAGUUACAGCAGAUUCUUGAUGACAUCCAGACCAAGCGCAGCUUUCAAUAUUAAUCUCCAAAUACCACUCUGCUGCUGAAGGAGCUACAUCUCAAGCCCAGCACCAGUGUCCUGGUGUCUGGAGCUAACUUACAUAGAAAUUCCAUUGCCGAAGACACUUGGGCUGCCUUUGGAUAGAACAACCCAGCUUAGUCUUGGUUUAGGUUGCUAUUUCAGACUUGACUAUUGAACCAUGGUAACCUGACCUUGCCUCUGGGAAGGGUGAGGUGGGGUGAUGCGCAUAUAAGCUACACUACUGACUACCUCAAGCCAUGGUUUUGGCCCCUGUGUUUUAAAAUAUGUUUUAAGAUUUUAUUUUUUUAAGUAAUCUCUACCCCCCAGUGUGGGGCUUGAAUUUAAACUACCCCAAGAUCAAGAGUGGCGUGCUCCACUGAUUGAGCCAGCCAAGCACCCCUUUUUUAAAAUUUUAUUUUUUUAGCCCACAUGUUAUUUUUGAUUCCUAAGAUUUCAUGUUUUAGUUUCAAUUUGUUUGUAGUUUUUGAAACUACAGGAAACGAUAGUCUUACCUAAAUGCAAAAGGAAG